AUGCCAAAACUAAGCAGCAUCUGGAGCAGAAAUCAGUUACAAGAGAAGAUGCAAGAGGAGAACAAGUUAACGCUUCUAGCAAACAAUAGCCCACAUUCGAAGAGAGUUGAACUUGCUCUCAAGUUCAAAGGCAUAUUUUUAGAGUUUGUGCGAAACAAGAGUCCUUCUCCAACACAACCCAGUUCACAAAAGGGUACCGUGUUGAUUCACAAUGGUAGAGCUAUUGUGGAAUCACUUGUCAUCAUUGAAUAUAUCGAUGAAACUUGGAAGCAUGAACCUAAACUACUGCCAAUAGAGCCUUACGACAGAGCCAGAGUUCUUUUCUGGGCUGGUUACAUCCAACUGAUUUUGUUAAUUUGUGCUGCCUGUAUCCUCGGUUGUUUGACAGCAUAUCCAAGAUCAUGUUUUCCCAGGGAGAAGCACAGGAAAGCGUGUGACAAACUGUGGAAGAGACAACAAGUGCUGGAAGAAGGAAUGAAAGGUCGCAAAAUCCACAGAGAACAGUGGGAUGCUCUGGAUAUCAUGAUGGCUGCAACACUAUAUGCUUACAAGGCUCAGGAAGAGGUUCUUGCCGUGAAGAUUCUCCACUCAUAUCUUCCUGGGUGA